AUGGCGCCGUGCGGACGUGUCCGGAGCCGCUGGCCGGGCCCGGCGCUCCUGCUGCUGCUGGCGCUGGCGGCGCGGCCGGCGGCCGGCGGCCCCCAGCCCGCGGGGCCCGCCGCGGCGGCGCUGGCCUUCGCCCCUCCGCAGGCGGCGGGCGGCGGCGGCCCGCCGGCGGCGGCCGCGGGCGGGCGGGGGUCCCGCGGCGGCGGCGGCGGCGGCUCGGGCGGCGGGUGGAAGCUGUCGGAGGAGGCGGUGUGCCGCGAGGACGUGGUGCGGCUCUGCUCCAAGCACAGCUGGGCCAACAACCUGGCCGUGCUCGAGUGCCUGCAGGACGUGCGCGAGCCAGAUAAUGAAAUCUCUUCAGACUGCAAUCAUCUCUUAUGGAACUACAAGCUGAACUUGACUACAGAUCCGAAGUUCGAAUCCGUGGCCAGAGAAGUGUGCAAGUCCACUAUUGCUGAGAUCAAAGAGUGUGCAGAUGAACCGGUUGGUAAAGGUUUCUUGGUGUCUUGUUUGGUGGAUCACAGAGGAAACAUCACUGAAUACCAGUGCCAUCAGUACAUCACUAAAAUGACAGCCAUUAUCUUCAGCGAUUAUCGGUUGAUUUGUGGCUUCAUGGAUGACUGCAAGGCUGAUAUCAAUCUCCUGAAGUGUGGCAGCAUUCGACCUGGAGAAAAGGAUGCCCACUCGCAAGGAGAGGUGGUGGCUUGCCUGGAAAAAGGCCUGGUAAAGGAGGCAGAGGAGACUGAUCCUAGAAUUCAGGUUUCCGAUCAGUGUAAGAAAGCUAUUCUUCGUGUAGCUGAACUCUCUUCAGAUGACUUCCACUUGGACCGGCAUCUCUACUUUGCAUGCCGAGAUGACAGAGAACGAUUUUGUGAAAAUACUCAGGCUGGGGAAGGCCGAGUUUACAAGUGCCUCUUUAAUCACAAGUUUGAAGAAUCAAUGAGUGAAAAGUGUCGUGAUGCACUGACAACCCGCCAAAAGCUGAUUGCCCAAGACUACAAAGUCAGUUACUCGCUGGCGAAGUCCUGUAAAAGCGAUCUGAAGAAGUAUCGCUGUAAUGUGGAGAAUCUUCCCCGGUCUCGCGAAGCCAGGCUUUCCUAUCUGUUGAUGUGUUUAGAGUCUGCUGUGCACAGAGGUCGACAAGUGAGCAGCGAGUGCCAGGGUGAAAUGCUGGAUUACCGGCGCAUGCUAAUGGAAGACUUCUCACUGAGCCCAGAAAUCAUCCUGAGCUGCCGAGGCGAGAUCGAACACCACUGCUCGGGCUUGCAUCGGAAAGGUCGCACUCUGCACUGCCUGAUGAAAGUAGUACGCGGAGAAAAGGGAAACGUCGGGCUGAAUUGUCAGCAGGCUCUUCAAACGCUGAUUCAAGAAACUGACCCCGGUGCAGAUUACCGCAUUGACCGAGCGUUGAACGAGGCUUGUGAAUCAGUUAUACAGACCGCCUGCAAGCACAUACGGUCUGGAGAUCCAAUGAUUCUGUCAUGCCUGAUGGAGCACUUAUACACAGAAAAAAUGGUAGAGGAUUGUGAGCAUAGGCUCCUGGAGCUCCAGUAUUUUAUAUCCCGUGAUUGGAAGUUGGAUACGGUCCUUUACCGUAAGUGUCAGGGAGAUGCCUCGCGACUCUGCCAUACCCAUGGCUGGAAUGAGACUAGUGAGCUGAUGCCUCCAGGGGCCGUUUUCUCCUGCUUGUACCGGCACGCAUACCGCACAGAGGAGCAAGGAAGGAGGCUAUCACGAGAGUGCAGAGCAGAAGUCCAGAGAAUCCUCCACCAGCGAGCUAUGGAUGUGAAACUGGAUCCAGCCCUCCAGGACAAGUGUAUGGUUGACUUAGGGAAAUGGUGCAGUGAGAAAACAGAGACGGGACAGGAACUAGAAUGCCUUCAGGACCAUCUUGAUGACCUGGUAUCUGAUUGCAGAGACAUAGUGGGAAACCUUACUGAGCUGGAGUCUGAGGACAUUCAAAUUGAAGCCUUGCUGAUGAGAGCAUGUGAACCCAUCAUUCAGACGUUCUGUCAUGAGGUUGCAGAUAACCAAAUUGAUUCUGGGGACCUGAUGGAGUGUCUGAUACAGAACAAACACCAGAAGGAAAUGAAUGAGAAAUGUGCAAUUGGAGUUACACAUUUCCAGCUGGUUCAAAUGAAAGAUUUUAGAUUCUCUUACAAGUUUAAAAUGGCAUGCAAGGAGGAUGUGCUGAAACUUUGCCCCAACAUCAAGAAAAAGGUGGAUGUAGUGAUUUGCCUGAGCACAACAGUGCGCAAUGAUACUUUGCAGGAUGCCAAGGAGCACAGAGUAUCUUUGAAGUGCCGCAAACAGCUGCGUGUUGAGGAGCUGGAGAUGACUGAGGAUAUCAGACUUGAACCAGAACUGUAUGAGGCUUGUAAAAGUGACAUCAAGAAUUACUGUCAAAAUGUAGCCUAUGGCAAUGCUCAGAUUAUUGAAUGCUUGAAGGAAAUUAAGAAGCAGUUGAGUACCCGGUGCCACCAGAAGGUGUUUAAACUGCAGGAGACAGAGAUGAUGGAUCCAGAGCUGGACUACACACUCAUGAGAGUCUGCAAGCAGAUGAUCAAGCGAUUUUGCCCAGAGGCAGACUCAAAAAACAUGUUGCAGUGUUUGAAACAGAAUAAGAACAGUGAAGUGAUGGAUCCCAAAUGCAAGCAAAUGAUUACCAAGCGCCAGAUCACACAGAACACAGAUUACCGCUUAAAUCCAGUGCUCCGGAAGGCCUGCAAAGCAGACAUACCUAAAUUUUGCCAAAAUAUCCUGAGUAGAGCCAAGGAUGAUACAGAGUUAGAGGGGCAAGUCAUCUCAUGCCUGAAGCUGAAAUACGCAGACCAGCGUCUCUCUCCAGACUGUGAGGACCAAAUCCGGGUGAUAAUCCAGGAAUCAGCUCUUGACUAUCGGCUGGAUCCCCAGCUUCAGAUGCAUUGCUCUGAAGAGAUUUCCAACUUGUGUGCAGAAGAAGCAGCAGCUCAGGAGCAGACUGGGCAGGUGGAAGAAUGUCUGAAAGUGAAUCUGCUGAAAAUAAAAACAGAAAUGUGCAAGAAGGAAGUGCUCAACAUGCUGAAAGAAAGCAAAGCAGAUAUAUUUGUUGACCCAGUGCUUCACACAGCGUGUGCCCUAGACAUCAAGCACCACUGCGCUGCCAUUCCACCGGGAAGAGGACGCCAAAUGUCAUGCUUAAUGGAAGCUCUGGAAGAUAAGCGUGUGAGGUUGCAGCCUGAAUGCAAGAAACGCCUUAAUGAUCGUAUUGAAAUGUGGAGCUAUGCUGCAAAGGUUGCCCCAGCAGAAGGUUUUUCUGACCUUGCCAUGCAAGUUAUGACCUCUCCGUCCAAGAAUUAUAUAUUGUCUGUGAUCACGGUGGGCAUCUGUGUACUCUUCCUGAUCGGCCUGAUGUGUGGACGCAUCACCAAGCGGGUGACAAGAGAGCUCAAGGACAGGUAGAGCCUGGAUUGCCUGCUGAAGAAAUGCCUGCCCAGUGCCCAGUUUUGUACAGCCCUCCUCUGUAUAGUCUACCCACCCCCUCUUGGGAGAGGAGAAUAAAAAAAAAAAAAAAAUUAGAACAGCAGCAGGUGUUGGCUCAGUUUUCCCAUCCUGGAUCUCAUCCACAGCAUCUUCAUCCUAUGAAAGUUUGUGUGCAACAUUGGCAGCCCAGCCAGCAGCUUUUGUUACCCCUUUGUUAGCAGACUCUCGUUUACCUGCCUGUAGACAAGUCUCUAUUGUACUGUUGGAACUGCCUUCACUCUCCAAAUCAGACUGACGUGACCUGCAGCUCAAGCAGCUUUUAAGUAAAUUUUUAAAGACAGACAUAUAUCUACAUACCAACUGUAUGAUUUAGGUAAUGGUUCAUACUGCAAUAUAGUCAUCCUCUGUGGCUGGGUGAAGUUGAGGCGGGAAAUUAAAGGGUAAAUUGCAUCUUAAACCACAGUUGGCCUUGUUUGGACAUCUUGCUCAUCUUAUGUAAAGCAUCUUCAGAGUAUAGCCUUGGACAACCUAAAGACACCAGUCACAGGUGUCACCUUCUAGUGAAUAUCCUGCUUUUGUUACUGUGGAUUUUUUUGGCUGAAAAGAUGUCCUACCUUUUUUCUUCUACCAUUCACGAGAUAGAAUAAAAUAUUGACCAGGAUCAAAUAUCAUGAGAACUGUACAACUUGUAUUUCAGUAGAUUAAAGGCAUGGUGUAGACACAAGGCGUAUAGAGCCUGUCAGUAGUAUACAGUGCUGCUGUCAGUGGGCAUUAAGUGCCCUGACCAGUUACUCAGUCAACUUUAUCAGUGAUGUUGCGGAAAAAAUAAAAUAUUCCAUUUAUUUUACUUUGCUGCUGCUGAGCUAUUACCCUUCUGAAUUAACUAUCUACAGAUGUUAUUGACAUACUGGCAAUGUGCUUUGCCAGUGAUGUGGGAUGCGAUUGAACACUCAACAUCUCUAACUGUAAAACGGUUGCUUGAGGUUAGUGCAGUGGUCUGUAACUGACCUGUCUGGGUCUUAAUUGCUUGAACUGGAGCACUGAAGAGUGUAUUUAAUUCCCACAAGUAAAGUUGAUUAAGGAUAGAACUGGCAUUUCCUGGGAUGUAGAACACAGGUGCUGGUCCAGGACAUCAACCAGGAGAGGUGGAGGGGGGAAUUGCACGGAGGGCAGAAGCAUCUGAAUCUUCAAGGGAAAUAGCUUUCAUGUUGUUACCACCAGUGUGCACACUUAGGCUAUAAAUAGUUACACUUCCAGAACCUGAUACUCAAACCUGAAAGCCCAAAGAAGGUGUCUUGAAAAAACUACACCUUUAGUUGUGAAAGCUACUUACUACCAUCUUUGUUCUCCAGUUACAAGGAGUGGAAGUCAUAGGCCACAUGCUGUGGUUGAAACCCGAGGAGUUAGAUUGUGUGUGUUGCUGAAACCUAGAAGUGACUACAUGAGAGUAGACAUGUACAAUAGGAUGUAUUUUAUUAUCCUUAUAGAUGUGCUCACUUGUGUGUGCUGCGGUAAAAAUCAUGUGCCUAAAACUGUCCACCUUAGGCUGAAGCUUGAACCAUAACUUUCUUUUCCCACUUAGUGCACUGCUAGGUAAGAGCUAACAUUUCCAAUCCUCUUCACUGUUCUCUAGGGGGACAGUGGAGAUUAUCUGAGAUGCUUUGGAUGUGGACCAGCUGAUUUUAAUGAUGCUGUGUGAGUACAGAAUGAGGUGUAUACAAAAUACUGUGAUGGCUUUUGCUGCCUUUAUGAAGUCUAGAAAGGUGUACAAAGUUGUCUGCAAACAUAUCUUUGUUACCCAACUCUGAGGAUGGACAGCAAAAAACUAGUGGUAUGGUCAUAGACUUACAGUGGUAGUCUUUCAUGAGCUCUUCUGUUUUUAAGUCAGAGUAUUAUGAGCACAAGGCAAGCAGUAGAGAAAGUCUGAGCAAUGAAGAGUCAACAGAGAACUGGUGUGUGAGAUAGGAUUCCAGUCAAGUGGUAAGUAGAAAAGAAGUUAAGUCUCAGUUCCUUUUCUCACCCCUGUUCCCUGGUGCUAAUGCAGGUUAACUGGCUCUCUGUAAACAUGAUCUGGGAGAGAAAAGGAAUGGUUGAUGACAUUGAGGUAGCACAGAUGUAUAACACGCUCAGGUGUUAGUUUGGCAGUUAUAAAAAUUUACAGCCAAAGUGCUGAAAUGCAUUACUGCUCUUUGGAGGGGGGAGUGUGUUUGCAGAGCUACAGGGAAGGGAAAUGGAAUCUGUGAGCACUGUUUUACUUGCCUGGCACAAGUCCCGUUGUUUGAACAUUUAUCAGGCAUAAUUAGCUUGCCCUUCAGAGGGGGAGGGUUUAAUUGUUACUUUGGAGGAUGCAUUUUGUAACCUGAUUAGCCUGAAAAGCCUAGUUAGGUGGUGUAUUGUUUAGAAAUAGCGUUUUUUCAUAAAUCUCAAAUGGCACCGCAGUGAAGCAUUGCAAGUUUGUAGUCAUAGGUCUGAAUGUAAUCCCUGUUUAGGCUCUGGAAGUAGCUGCUGUCUUUACUUUCUGAUAUAAGGCUUCUAAUUUGGAGGAGAUUAAGAUAUGGAAAGAUUUUUGUUGGGUUUGGAGAGAGUGCACUGAUGUGUGAAGUGUCAUUUUGGCAUGACACUUAAAUGUUAGUCAGGCAAGAGUAAGAGCAAUGCCCUAAAUGGUUUAUAGUGUAUAUUGUUGCCUGGAAUGCAUGGCUACUUCUAGCCAGCACAUGCAAGCCCAUGCACUCAUGUUCUUUAAAGCAGUGUUCUUGAUCCUUACCUGCCUGCCAUCGCAGUCCUUGCUGGGUGACUUAUUGCUGAGACUUUAAUCUUUCCUUGGCAGUAUAGAUGCCCAACUGAGUGCUUAGCAGUUUCACAUCAAUGGAACAAGCAUCAGACAGCGCGGGUGCCUGGAGAGCUGCGUUAAGAGGGUCCAGCAGCCUGCAGUGUUUCUUACCAUCAGGAUGUUCUGGGAAUUUGGUUUCACUGGUGAUGGUAUUGUGGAUAUGCAUCAGGAGGCCCACAAAGCAAAAGGUAGAAUAUCAACAUUUCUACAUGAUUGGUUCAAAUGCCUUUAUUUUAUUUACUUUUUUUUUCCCACAAGAGCAAAGACCCACCAUUUAAAGCUAUGGCCCUGGUCAAAGGGGCCUCCUGAUGCUGCUAAUGACCAAAUACGCUUUUUCUAGUGACUAGAAAUCUACCAAUCUGAGUCUUGCAAUGUUUUUCUACUUUUUGCCUAUACCUAAACAUCUAGAGGUGUCAAAAGCACAAAAAAACCUUCAAAAGCUCUUCCAAAAAUAAGCUAUCUGUUGCCAACACAUCAUCUUGCCUGCAGGCAACAACUUUCUGUUGCAGAGAGAGAAAUACAUGAUGGUAAGAAACAUUGCUGUUGCCUUUAAUUAAAGGAAGCCUUUUUAAUUUUCAUGAUCUAAUUGAGAAUACUAGAAAUGCCUCUGUCAGCCAAGAAAAGAGUUGGAGCAAAAUUUCUGGUCCUCCUUCCUCCUUAUGACCCUCACCUCUUCGCCGAGAAGGCUGCACUCCACCAUGUACUUCAUGAGUGCAUCUCCUUGUCAUAGCAACACCUUCCGUUUGAGAGCUUACUCUAGAUGUGGUUAUGCUGAUGCUUCUGGAGAUAGGUGGAAAGGGUAGGUGACUGAUAACUAGCAUGGCAUGCAGCUUUCCCUUUUCCUUCCUGCUGCAAGGGCUAACAAGUUAGCUUGCAUUUCCCAGCUGACAGCAUGUGUUUAGAUGACCUGGGUAAGGGAGAUUGUGCAUCAUGUGCACCUUAUUACUUCACUCUGGCUUGCCGAUUAGUGUUCAUUCUUGUUGACUUUAAGGAAAAACUUAUUGUUUAUCUAGUGGGUCAAAUCAAGUCCUUUGGCUUUGUUCUGACUUUGGGUUCUCCUUGCCUUGCUUUUGUCAUUCAGGCUGUUGUAACUGAUGCGGAUAAGAACAGUAUUUCUUCAUUUAAUGUCCAGCUAGUCUGCGAGUUGAGUACCUAUGUGUCUGUGUCGCUGAAAAGCCCUCUUGAAGUUCAGAUACUUCUCUUAACAAAAUCAUUAAGCAUUUUGCCCUCAUUCUGACAUUUAAAAAUCAAUGCAAAUUCAAUCAUCUUGCUGUGAAAGAAUCCACAGUAAGCAUUGUGCACAGAGAGCAGAGGGGACUCUGACACAGCAGUCUUCAAGUCUCAGCAACAGAAACUUGUACUGUGUGGGUACAGCAGGGAAGAAGAUGUGAUAGACCAGAGAGAUCACUUGAAUCUGAUGUGGUAGAAGUGUGUUCAAGGUGGAUGGUGACUUCUGUUAAAACACAACUUUAUUAUUUAGUUGAAAGAAGAUUGUAGUGCUUUUUUUUAAAAAAAAAACUUCGCCAGCUUUGAUUUACAAGGGUAGUUUUGAAGUGCGUGUGAGUGCAUGAGUGUGGUACAAGAUCAGAGCAUUUCAUCUAACACUUCUGUCCCCAUUAAAAUAGCUCUGUAGACUCCCAACUGCUUUAGUGUUGGUUUGUAUAAAAAGACAUUCUUGCCAUACGGUUUAUAGCCUCUUAAGGGCAGCUCCCAGCAACCGAUAUUUGCGCAGGCUUUCCGUGCUGAGGCCAAAACCGCAGCUCGCGGGCUCCCGCGGCAGGGCACGAGCGGCUGCCCGCUCGCUCGCCCUCCAGGUGCGUGUGUAGCUGGUGGCCUGGAAAAGGCAGAAAAACGGAGUAGGGGGGAAGGGAAGGGCGCAGCUUUUGCCCGCAGGUUGUGCUUUGACACUUGUGCUGAACGGGUGCGAUCCGAAACUGUGACUAAUGUUUGUGUUGGACUGAAAAAAAAAAUAUAUCGGAGAAACUAGAAAUGUGUGUUUGUAGGGGAGGGUAAGAGGGGGAUAAUACAGGUACACUUAGUGAUCCCUGACUAGUACACGGGGACGACAUUGCGAGCCUUCCCAGACAGUGUACAAAAGAGACCCAACAAAUCCAUACUGUACAGCAGAAGCUGUUUUGAACUUAGUCUUUUUUUUUUUAAUGUGACAUUAACAAGACUUUUUUUUUUUUGUAAAUUGUUUUCCUUUCUGUGUAUAAAAUCCUGGCUGUUUCUUGUUUUUACAUGUUCAUGCUGUGUAAUUUUGAGAUGUUACUGAGAUUCUGAACAUAAUGUGCAUUUUUUUCUGUACAGAUGAAAUGGGAGAAUUUAAUAAAAAGAGUCUGCAGGUUUUUA